AUGAAUCUUGUGGGGGGCCCCUGCCCCUGGCGACCCCCAGAUACCUCCACUAGCUACCGAGUGAACGUGUGUGCCAUCUUCCCUGGCCCAGGCACCGCUCAGCUCUGGCUCUUCCCAGGAGGCCAGUCAAGGCUCUCUCCCCAGCCCCCUGGCUUCCGAGGGGAGAUGGGGAUCUGGGCUGGGGCGGGGAGGGGGUACCCUGCCAGCCUCUCCUCUGCCUUUCUGUUCUCCAACACAGUGGGAUCCAAGGAGACGUCUGGUGGCUGGGCCUGGGGAGUGGGAGGGCAUCCAAGGGCCCCAGGAGCUCCCUCAGCCCCUCCCCAGACAUCUGUCUUUCUCUGGCCGUGCUCUGCCCGGGGGCAUAGACUGAGGGGGGUUCCAGAGCCCGCCCUGCACACGGAUGCCAGUUCCUCCAUCCCAUGGCCAGCUCAGGGCACGUGGCCUGGGCCCCUGUGCGGGGAAGGAGACACCUUGAUUCUUGCCACUCUCUGCAGGCCAGUCCCGUUCUCCCUCUCUGCCCACCCUGGGGAACAGGGAGGGUGGGAGAGGAGAGGGAGGACCGGGAAGACCCAGCCUAAAGAGGCUGCCCUGUGGGCCGGGGUCCCUGCACCGUGA